AUGGAGACUGGCAACGCAAUCGUGGCACGGGAGCCUUCCCAACCUGGCGUGGUUCACUGGUCGUUUGAGCAAGUCGAGGUUGCUUCACCUGGGGAUGACGAAAUCCUAGUCGAAAUGUACGCUGCAGGUAUCUGCCAUACAGACAUUGUGCUCUCGUCAGUCCCAGCCGGAACUAUGGGCAUUGAUUAUCCCAAAGUGGUAGGACACGAAGGUGCCGGCGUUGCCAAAGCUGUAGGAAAGAACGUCAAGUCAGUAGCCGUUGGAGAUCCAAUUCUAUUGUCAUUCUACUAUUGUUCCACCUGCCAGCAAUGUGAAGCCUCCCACCCAUCAUACUGCGACUCGUUCAACUCCAAGAACUACCUCGGCCAGCAAGGCACGAUGAAAUCCAAGACCGGCGACGAACAGAUCUGGGCUCAAUUCUUCGGCCAAUCCAGCUUCGCCCAGUACAGCACCGUCAAGGAAGCCAGCGUCGUCAACGCCAAGGAUCUGAUCAAGGAUAUCAGUGAACUGAAGCUGUUUGCCCCGCUCGGCUGUGGAUUCCAGACUGGUUCAGGUGCUAUCCUGAAUAUAACCCAGGCUGGUCCGAAGGAUGUAGUUCUGAUCACAGGAUUGGGGGCUGUUGGGAUGGGUGCACUAAUGACAGCAAAAAUCGCAAAAUGCAAGACAAUCAUCGCAGUAGACCGCGUCCAGUCCCGCAUAGACCUAGCUAAGACACUCGGCGCAACUCAUACGAUCAACACCAGCGACGCGGAUUUCUCGACCUUGGACCUCGCCGUCCGAGACUUGCUACCCGGCGGUGUUUCCAUCGCCAUCGAUACUACCGGUGUCCCGGCCGUUAUCGAGCAGAGUAUACAGUCCACUCAUGCCCGCGGCAAAACGGUUUUGAUAGGCGUGCCACCGAUGGAUUACAUGUUGAACAUCCAUGCCACGACUCAUAUCAGUAGUGGUCGAGCUGUUCUGGGUUGUAUCGAGGGCGAUUCUGACCCUCGAGUUGCUAUUCCGCAGAUGAUUCAGUGGUAUCGUGAUGGGAUAUUCCCGAUUGAUAAAUUUGUGGAGUACUUUGAUGCCGAGGAUUACAGCAAGGCACUUGACAGCUUGAAGGAGGGGAGUGUUGUUAAGCCAGUGUUAAUCUGGAAGAAGUAG